UACUUGCUCCUCCUCCCAAGAAGACGAUGGCGGCAGCAUCUGCGUCCCGCGCCGGCAAGGUUUCCAUGGGGCUGGCGCCGGACGGGAAGCCCAUGGUCAUCUGGCGGCCGUCGACGGCGGCCGAGAAGAUCGAGGAAGGGAUCUACAAGCUGCGGAUGAUAGAACGCCUCGGGCAGAAAACGGACCGGGACAUGGACGCGCUCGAGGAACAGGUGGACGCCAUGGAGGCGGCGAUGCAGCUCGAAGAGCGGCUCCACCGACACAGCCGCGACCUCGACGACAUCUGCGUGGUGCGCUCGCGAUCCCGCGCCGCCGGCCCGCUCUCCGAGUCCGAGCGGCGGUCCCUCCGCCAGAUCCGCGACAUCGCCGUCUCCGCCAUCGCCGACUACGAAUCCCGCGUUGGCCCUGUCCCGGCGUACGACCACAUCGCCAGCAUGUUCAGCGACGACAUACCCCUCGAGCUCCCCGAAUCCUUGGCCGCGGCGCGGGAGCUUCCUUCCUCUUCCCACCGCAAGUUUGCUGGCUAGCUGGACAAUGGAGGAGAUGAUACACUCUAAGAGAUGAUCACCUGAAGUGAAUUACUAUCAUCACAAUAUUAUUUCUACCGGUGUUACAUUUUGUUAGUUACAUCAUGGCUGUUAGUAAGGUUGGUGGGAUGUCUAGUGAUCAUAACCAUUCCUACACGUAAACUGAUCAUCACAUGGAAGUUUCUGUAUUUGCUCAUUCAGGA